CGGUGGGCCCGGCCCGGCCCCGCCGCCACUCUGCCGGCGCUGCGGAGCGGAGGAGCGCGGCCAUGGCGGCGGCCUCGGCGGAGGCGGAGACCCGGCAGCGGCUGCUGCGCACCGUCAAGAAGGAGGUGAAGCAGAUCAUGGAGGAGGCAGUGACAAGGAAGUUUGUGCAUGAGGACAGCAGCCACAUCAUCUCCUUCUGUGCUGCGGUGGAAGCCUGUGUCUUAUACGGCUUGAAGCGGAGGGCAGCAGGAUUCCUGCGCAGCAACAAGAUAGCAGCUCUGUUUAUGAAGGUGGGAAAGAGCUUUCCUCUGGCAGAGGAGCUUUGCAAGAAAGUGCAAGACCUGGAGCAGCUCAUUGAGAAUGCACGAAAUCAAGUCCAGAGCAUCCCAGAGAAUGCGCGCAAGAUGCCGAAGCUGCCCAACCUGUCUCCUCAAGCCAUCAAGCACCUCUGGAUCCGCACAGCCCUCUUUGAAAAGGUCUUGGAUAAAAUCGUGCAUUACUUGGUAGAAAACAGCAGUAAGUACUAUGAGAAAGAAGCUCUCCUGAUGGAUCCUGUGGAUGGGCCAAUUCUUGCAUCUUUAUUGGUGGGGCCCUGUGCGCUGGAGUACACAAAGAUGAAGACCGCUGACCACUUCUGGACAGAUCCCUCUGCUGACGAGCUGGUUCAGAGGCACCGGAUCCACAGCUCGCACUGUCGCCAGGACUCACCCACCAAGCGCCCGGCGCUCUGCAUUCAGAAAAGGCAUUCGAGUGGCAGUAUGGAUGACCGGCCAUCACUGUCUGCCAGGGACUACGUGGAAUCGCUGCACCAGAACUCCCGAGCCACGCUCCUCUAUGGCAAGAACAACGUCCUGGUGCAGCCACGAGAUGACAUGGAGGCAAUCCCCGGAUACCUGUCCCUUCACCAGACUGCCGACAUCAUGGCACUGAAGUGGACGCCCAACCAGCUGAUGAACGGCUCUGUGGGGGAUCUGGACUAUGAGAAGAGCGUGUACUGGGAUUAUGCCAUGACUAUUCACCUGGAGGAGAUAGUCUAUUUGCACUGUCACCAGCAAGUAGACAGCGGUGGGACGGUUGUCUUGGUGAGCCAGGAUGGGAUUCAGAGGCCCCCGCUGCGGUUCCCCAGAGGAGGGCACUUACUGCAGUUCCUGUCCUGCCUGGAGAAUGGCCUCCUGCCCCAUGGGCAGCUGGAUCCACCCCUCUGGUCACAGCGGGGAAAGGGGAAAGUGUUUCCCAAGCUGAGGAAGCGAAGUCCCCAGGGCUCCUCUGAGUCUGCAUCUGACAAGGAAGAUGAUGAAGCCACAGAUUACGUUUUCAGAAUAAUCUACCCAGGGACACAGUCUGAAUUCGUUACCAUUAAUGGUAAUUUUCAUCCAUUCCUUGCAUCUGUCAUCUCCAUCACUGCCGUGAGAGGGAAGAUUGCAAGGACUCCGGCUGCAAGCAAGAUGGUGGUGAUCCCUAAAUGGUUUCCGAGUCUCCUCAUCACAUCCCAACCUCCCCUUGCUGUUCUGGGGGCUGCUCGGCAUCAGUUGCCCCAGGAUCUGAUGGACACACCGGGUGCUGGCCUGCCUCCCAUGUGGCAACCCAGCACCCGCAAGUCCUCCUGCUCCUCCUGCUCUCAGAGCGGCUCCUCUGAUGGUGGGCCAUCCAACGGCUGCAGCCAUGAAAGAGCUCCGUUGAAGCUCCUGUGUGACAAUAUGAAGUACCAAAUCCUCUCCCGGGCCUUCUACGGCUGGCUGGCCUAUUGCAGACACCUCUCCACGGUGCGAACCCACUUAUCUGCGCUGGUUAACCACAACAUUGUGUCUCCUGACGUGCCCUGCAAUGCCAGCUCAGGACUGACUGUGGACAUAUGGCAGAAAUACCUGCAGGACAGCACGAGUUAUGAGGACCAGGAGCUGCUGCGGCUGAUCUACUAUGGCGGGAUCCAGCAUGAGAUCAGGAAGGCUGUCUGGCCCUUCCUUUUGGGCCAUUAUCAGUUUGGGAUGACUGAGGCAGAAAGGAAAGAGGCUGAUGACCAGAUCCGCACCUGCUACGAGCACACCAUGGCAGAGUGGCUGGGCUGCGAGGCCAUCGUCCGGCAGCGGGAGAAGGAGUCGCAUGCAGCAGCUCUGGCCAAAUGCUCCUCUGGGGCCAGUCUGGAUUCCCACAUUCAGAGGAUGAUGCACAGGGACUCGACGAUCAGCAAUGAGUCUUCACAGAGCUGCAGCUCUGGCCGACAAAAUCAUGCCCGGCUGCAGAGUGACUCCAGCUCCAGCACACAGGUGUUUGAAUCUGUUGAUGAAGUGGAACAGACUGAAGCGGAUGCUCAGCUGGAAGAUGGCAAACAAAGCAAGAUCCCCAAUGGGACGGUUCCCAACGGCACGUGUUCCCCUGAUUCUGGCCACCCCUCUUCCCAAAACUUCUCCAUCACAUCGGGGUUCUCAGAGCGCAGCUUCAGCAAUGAGGACAGUGCCCUGGAAACCAACAAAUCCUUGGCCACCUCUCAGGGAAAGGCUGGUGGGUCUGACGUGCCAGCCCCACAGCACCUGGAGGGUGCCCAACAGGAGGAGAAGCUGCAGGGCCAAGACAGCCUGGAGGGUGAAUUUCCCACCGGUGGAAGCAUGGACUUUGUUCCUGUGGUUGAGAGCGCAGCCAGGGUCCUGCAUGAUCGUGAUGCUGUGGCCCUGACUGUGGUAGAGAGCUGGGCAGACAGUGAAGCUGAAAAGCAGAGCUUGGUGGAGAGUGAAGAUAACCUCUCUGAGGAGCCAGAGAUGGAGAGUUUGUACCCACAGCUGGAUUCUCUGACUGUAGCUGAUCUGGCCAACAGUGAAACAUCUGCUGUCUCCUCCAUGGGCGUCACCUACUCUCCAGAGCUGCUGGACAUGUACACGGUGAAUCUGCACCGCAUUGAGAAGGAUGUGCAGCGGUGUGACCGCAACUACUGGUACUUCACCCCUGCCAACCUGGAGAAACUCCGCAACAUCAUGUGCAGCUACAUCUGGCAGCACAUUGAGAUUGGCUAUGUGCAGGGGAUGUGUGACCUGCUAGCCCCUCUCCUGGUCAUCCUGGAUGAUGAGGCUCUGGCUUUCAGCUGUUUCACUGAGCUUAUGAAGAGGAUGAAUCAGAACUUCCCCCACGGAGGAGCCAUGGACACCCACUUUGCCAACAUGAGAUCUCUGAUCCAGAUUCUGGACUCUGAGCUCUUUGAGCUGAUGCACCAGAAUGGUGAUUACACUCAUUUCUACUUCUGCUACCGAUGGUUUCUGCUGGACUUCAAGAGAGAGCUGGUGUAUGAUGAUGUGUUCGCCGUCUGGGAAACCAUCUGGGCAGCUGCACAUGUUUCCUCUGCACACUAUGUGCUCUUCAUCGCCCUGGCUUUGGUGGAAAUGUACCGGGACAUAAUCUUGGAGAACAACAUGGAUUUUACAGACAUCAUCAAGUUUUUCAACGAAAUGGCUGAGCGGCACAACACCAAGCAGAUCCUGAAGCUGGCUCGGGACCUUGUCUAUAAAGUCCAGACUCUGAUCGAGAACAAAUGAAGGAUGUGGGGAGGAAGAUGAGGCAUCCAGACAAAGAGCCAGAACUCCCCUUCAAUGCUUCCUCCCCUUCUCCUUUGUCUUGAAGUGCCACACCUGUGGAAAUAAGGUAGUUGGACACAUGCUGCUGUCUAAACUGGAAGUACCCUUAGCUCUCUGAGUGCUGUGUUCAGUGUUAGGCCCAAGGGCCCUGGCUCAGAUCUUCGCAGCCUUCUUCAGUGACUUAACCAAAGAUCCGUACAAUUGCAUUUCACUGCUACGGACUUGCUUUGGAAGCAGGACCCAGGCAGUCGCUUCCUUGCCUUGCUGCAGGAGAAGGGCAGCAAGUGUUGUUACUACCACGACUGCUGAGGCAGUUGCCAGCAUCCCAGAUCGGAGCUCGGGGUUUGGGAGAGCAGAGCUGCCAGCCCUCCUCAGGGCUGACUCGGGCUCGACAGCCUUUGUUGGAAGGGGACGAAGCUGCUUGCUUGGACAGCCAUUACCCUGUGGCAUGGGGAAGCCAGCCAGCCCAGCCAGCCUGAGCAAUACAGGGAUGCUGCCAGUACUCAGUUUCUUACUGUCAUUAUGAGGUUCUGCCAGUAACAGAGAGAGACUUUGAUCACAGAAAUUUUUCUUUUGAUCUUGUCCCUUGAUGCAUAGCAUCCCCUUUAGUAUUUUUUUAGGGCUCUGUUCUCUCCCUGGGAUUUUUACAUCGUUUGAUACUACAGCAUCUGAGCACACAAGAGUUUCAUAUCUGGAUGGGUUUUCGGAAAAGCUCCAAAUUCAACAUGGGGUUUUUCUUUCAAAUUCCGGCCUCUGUAGUGCGCUCUGAACACUGGAAAAUCUGGUCCUAACCUCCUCUGGGAACUCUAGACUUGAGGUUUUCUUACCUGCCUUACUCUAGUUGCUUCUGUUAGGAGUCUGGUCUCCCUGUCAUUCUCUGCAACCCCUGUUAGGAGGAGCUCCUUGGAAGGCAAGCCAGAGCUCCCGGCUUUGGUGGCUGUCCUGACUUUCCCUCUGAAGGUGCCUCUCUCUUCCUCUGUUAAUUUAAAGACCAGCUCCUCAAAGCUAGACAGUGCAAACAGUCCCCAUGGUGCCUGCAGGUUUUCUGUGUGCUUCUGGGGCUGGCUGCAAAGUCCCCUAAGUCCACUGAAAGUCUCCAGUUAGGUCUUGGUGGGCUUCUUUCACAGGCCUGUGAAGAGGAAAAUAGCCCAAGGUCCCUGAGUGGUCUUUGCUUUUGGAAGAUGCACUUCUGUGGCCACUUUUCCUGUAGUGGUUCUCCAGCGUUGCAGCUCCUGGAGCACACUGCAUGAAGUGCCUCUCCAGCACUACCAGCGUCAGAGCUGAGCUGCUGUGUCACGCUAAGGCUGCGCUAUGGAGGGUUUGGAUUCAUUUUUCAACUCAGGUAAAAACAAUAAAGGAAAAGGAGAGGUGUAGGUUGUUGAUUUAGUUCAGCCAGGGAGGGCUUUGUCCUGGCCACAGAAAGCUGCCAUGAAGGUGUGCUUCCAUCAGCAGGGAAGACACUGGGUUGUAGCUUUCUAUAAGGGUACUUUCUCUCAAGUUUUGCUGCAAAAAUUUGUGUUCCCCCUCCAUGCAAUGCGUGAUGUGUGUGUGCGCGCUCUCCUCCUCCCCUCUGCAAGAUAAGGCACUGCUCUUCUCUUGCUGUUGGAGCGCUGCUCACCAGAAGGGAAAAGGGGCCCUUCCCUUCUGUGGAACAUCUGUCCGUGCUGACUGUGUUUUGUAUUUACUUGUGGCGUGUGUCAGGUGUUGCUUGCAGAAAAAAGAUGCAAAUCUGCAGAAGAGAAAACUGCUGUUUCAGAGAAGUUCUGCAGAGUGUGGUGCAGCAAUGUGCAGUUUCUGAGCAAAUCGGCUAGUCUUUCUGCAGUACAGGGAUGUGGAGGCUGCAGCUAGAAAAACCAGGGAGCAGUAGUGCAUCCAGAACCCUUUAGGGAAGAGGACUGCAGCAGGGGGUGAGAGCAAUGGGGCGCCUUUCAUGUCUCAUAAACCCAACAAGCAAAUGUGUACCAACAAUCUAGGAAAUUAUUUGAAGCAAUUUUCUGCAUGAAAUCUCUAAAGAGUGCUUGGUCUGUAGUAGCACAGGAAACAACAGCAUUUGAGCUUCAAAUCUGCCAGUUUACAUGUGAAUCUUUCAUCUUUCCGCAAAGCAGAGUGAAAACCUCGUGCCCUCCUUACCAGGUUGUUCCUGUUCCCUCUCUAGGACAGGCCAUAGUCUGCUUCUAUCACCUUCUACGAAGGGGGAGGGAAGCACUCUGUCCUUCCCUUUCUGAGGGACAAGAACCAACAGGUCAACUGAAAUACAGUCUUAUCAAGCAACGUCACUGACACUUUAUCUUUCAAGCUUCUGUUUUUCUUUCCUUGGUUUUUAAACAGAAACAGCCAAGAAAUUCUGCACAAUAUUUGCUGUCUGUGUUAAUUGAGAGUGUCUUUGGGCCGCUCAAUAGCAGUGUAUUUUGAAUAACUUCUGGGGGAAAAGAAGUAUUUAUUUAUUGAUUGUACAUUCCUGUGUGUCCUUGUAUACUGAAGUACGUGAGCGUGUGUUGUUAUGCAGAUGGAGAUAUAUCUUUUCAAUGUUCUUUACGAUAUCUUGUAAAUGUUUACCAGAAAAUUGUGUCUAUAUAUAUAACAUAUAUAUAUACAGUAUAGACAGAAAAUGUGAAUUAAGCGGGUUAUUUUUUGAGAGGGGGGGAGAAGAAAUCUUUUGCUUCUAAGAACUGUGUGGUUUCUAUAGCACCUAUUCCAUGAUGUGCCAAUCUGUCACUGUCCCUGUGCUGUGAGAAGCGUUCUGGUACGGCUGACAGGAAGCUCAGAGCAGAACCACCAUCAUGACCUCAGCUUGGCUUCAUUUUAGUUCUGACUUUAAAACUGGAAAAGAACAAAAAAAGGAGGAAGAUAUUUUAUAAAAAGCUUUGUUCUGGCUAUGGUGCUGAUUAGAGCCCGCAGGAGCGGACCUCUGCCAGGGUUUUGUCCCUGCCUUGGGAUCAGCAUGGGUAAGAAGAGUUGCAGAGCUGAGGCUUGGUGUGGGUUGCAAAGAAAUUGGAUAGUUGAAAGAUAUGUUAUGCCAUUUAAAUUGGGACUAAAGUCAUUCACCUUUGCAGCUGAUCAUGCUGUUUGGUUAGGAAGGGAGUGUUACAUGACCUGUACAGAGUAUUUGUGGAGCUGAUCCACUCUCCGAACUAGCACCUGUCCAGACUAGCUCUGUGGCAGGCAGUGCUCCCCACGCGCUGCUCUACCCCGAUUCGUACAAAAGUCAGCAAAAACCAUCUGCCCCCAAAUACUCCUGGGAGAACUCAAGUCUGAACUUGGAGGUCUAGCUUUGUGUUCCCAUGCAGAUCUGAGACAGAAGGCGCGAAUGGUGUGCAGCCCCUGCACUGGUGGAUGGUGCUGUUCGCUGGCUGCCCGCCCUGCCAGACCCUCGCCGUGCUGCUGGCAGGGGAGCGCGCAGGGCAGCAGCUGCUGGAGGUCAGAAACAGGCUGCGAUAGCCCCUGUGCUCUGCCCUUCCGCAGCCCCUGUCCACUCGGGGUCCCAGCUCAGUUUUGAGCAUCUUCCCAGCACUCGCAGUGGGUAGCAGCUGUGCUCCUUGCGGAGCCCUCUGUGGCAGCCGUUGUCUGACCCACAGGUUUAUGUGCUUGUGGGGACCCACAGUGAAGCACCACCAGGAGUCUGGGGCUCAAGAUCUAUUUGAUGGUUAAAAGCUACUAAAAUGUAAGCAAAGGUUUUUGUUACGCAGUUGUUUGUAGGCCACCUUCGGCCUCAGCCUCUCCUGCCUGGCUCUGCCCCUUGGCUAGAUUGCCCUGAGAGAAAAGCAUUAUUCGGGGUGUCGAGACAUCAGAGAUCUCCCAUCUGUGCAGCCAGAGGAUCGCCUGUUUGCCGCAAAGGGAGAGGCUUGUUGCAGGGGAAUGCUUGCCCAUAUACAGUAAUCUCGUCUGGCUCCCUGGAGGAAUGUCUCAUCCCAGCAGCUCCGUGCAGCUCAAAUCCACCCCAUGACUGUCUUUAGCCUGCUGUUGUUUGCUCUGUAGGAGCAGGGACUCAAGUUGCUCUGCCUUCUGGCUUGAGACUGCUGCAUCCCUCCCCUGGCUGCAGCAAGGUUUGCAUCCCGCUUGCACCCAGCCCACGUUCUCUGCUCUAGGUCACUUGGAGCUGAGCCUGAGCAAAGGACUGACUCCCUGGGCUGAGCAUCCGCGGCGGUGUGGGGCUUUCACUUUAGCUUUUGUUAGGGCUGCUCAGCUAGCAGAUAAUCUGGGUAUGCAUAAAUACAGUUAACGUUUGUGUCCCGGCCCCAUGUUCCCUCCAGGGAAUUACUAAUGGAUUCUCUUUCUGUAUUUGAGCUUUCUGCUAACACAACCUACCAAAUAACUCUUGGUACCCGUCUCUUUUAGUGUCACCCAUAUAAACACUUUAGAAGUUGUCUUUGUUCCUAAAUGUGUGUGUUUUAUAGGAGUUUUACUGUGUUGAGUCUCUGAAUUGCUUUGCUAUUAACACUCUUCAUGAAGACUGAGAGGUGGUUGUUUUGCACGGGAACUUGCUGCUCUCAUCCAGCCUCUUAAGUUUUGAAAUCGCUUGACAUACCCACGUCUACCUUUUAUUGUAACAAGGGCCAGCAGCAGAAGUGCAGGUAUCAACCAUCGUCCCUGCUUAGUGAAAAACAGAUCAAGAGAAGUGACUAUGCUUGAUGUGGUACCUUGGAAUUGCAGUUCUGCUGGGAACCCACCCAUGGGCAAGCUGAGCCCAUCCCAAAAUCUCACCUUGGAGACACAAGCCUUGUGGCCAAGAGCAGUUUAUGGGAUGAGAUUCUUAUUUGUUCUUUAUUUAUUCAUUCACUUAAUUUAAUCUGGCUGGCUAGUUUUGCUUUCUUUCCUCAUUUACUUUGAGUAGCUGGCUAAUCCUCUGCACUGGGAGCCACUGUGGCAAACAGUCCUCAAAACAAGUGUGGGACCAGUGUCAGGAUUCUCACCAUGUAAAUUUGCUUUUAGAAAUCUCUUAAGAUAUCUUAAAUUGCUGUUCUCUACUGUGGCACUGCUGUUGAGCUAGUGGUAGCCUCUGAGCCCGUUAUCAAUAGGACCAAAAUAAAUGUCAUUUCAUCAUAACUGUUUGGGAAUUUUCAUGAGUACUGAGCAGUUCUGGGCACGUUUUCAGCAUUUUACUAUCACAUGAGCGCAAAUUGAAAGUGAAAGAGCACAACUUAGAGGUGAAGUGACAAUUUUCUAGCAAUAGGGAAGGGUUGUAACUCUCACCAGAACCAGUUUUCAGAAAUUCUUAUAAAACUUUUCAGAUACCCUGAAGUAGAUAAAAUGCCAUUUACUGUUGCCAGCUAUUUCAGGCACUCCAGUGAUCUUCACUCAAGGUCAUUAUCGUUGUUGCCUGCCAUGAGGUGAACACAUGCUGCUGAUUGAGGCACCUGAAGUCUUUGUGGUCCCCAGCGACACCACAUUUAUGUUUUACGGUGGCAGCGUGGGCCAAAGUUAAGGCUGUUCUGGUGCCGUAGCCAUGCGUUUCUACAGCCUAGAGUGUUUGCCUUUCUUCUAAACUUUGUCUGAAUCCUGAAUUUCCUGGAGAAUGUACAUUGUUGGAAUAGUCAUAGCAGUCUUUUAAUAUAUGUCUAAUUUUAGAUUAGUGAUAAGCAUAUUCAACCUUAAUUUCUCAUUCAGUUGUUCAAUAACUUCCUUUUUAAAAUUGAUUUUGCACAAUGGAAACUGAGCAGGGAGCCCAAAGACGGAGCUGCAGGUGACAGCUUCUGGUCCAUGGCUGGGUGCAAUGGCUCCUGAGCUGCUGGCACACGAAGGGUCUGUGGCCCCAUCGGCUCUGGGACCAGUCCGGCAUACACAGCAGUGUCUGGAGCAGGCAGGUUGUGUCCCAGCCUCUGUCCCACCAGACAGGUCUGCUGCUGGCCUCAGUGGAGGCUCUCGGGUCUCUUGCAGAAAGCCCCUGUUUUCCUCUGCCUGACAAGAGCUGCUGAGAACCCCGAGGAGCUUGGCAUGUGGCAAGGGAUGGGUAUUAAGUGCCGCUCAAGUGGGAGAUGACUGGAGGAAGACCACUUCUCAUCAACUUUUUUGUAAGGAGUAAAAAGCACCAUUUGUCUUUUUUUUUUUUUUUUUUUAACAUAUCAAUGCUAAAAUUUAAACUAUGCACAGGAUCUCAAAAAGUACAUGGAAGUUUUAAGAAUCAGUGUGGCUUCACUACUAAGGAAGAUAAAGAAUUGAAAAUCCUAAUACUGGAUACUGAGAUACAUAGUCAUGAAAAUGAAAUUUUACUAUGAUCUCCUUAAAUUCUCAGAAAUUCAGUCUCUUCUUGGACAGUAAUUCCCAGGAGCCAGGGAAGGAGAAAGAUGUUUUUUACAAACAGAAUUAAUUGUGGAAUCAUAUAAUGGGUUUGGGUUGGAAGGGACCUUAAAGGUCGUGUAGUUCCAAGCCCCCUGCGAUGUGCAGGGACACCUUCCACUAGACCAGGUUGCUCCAAGCCCCAUCCAGCCUGGCCUUUGUAAUGAAUACCUUUGUUGCAAAUCAGACUCAGAUGUAACCUUAGACCCAUGAUUGUCACCUCCCUAGUGCUAAGGUGUCUUCUGGAGAGCUUGGCAGGGUGAAUGCGUGACCCUGGGCUGUCACCCUGCUGCAGCCGCUGUGGAGAUGACAGGUUCCAAUCCCAAGCUCUGUGGGACACGGGAUUACCUCUCAACAGCAGGGUUAUGAAUGUAUCUGAUGUACUGGCAUUGGACUUUUUUGUUGCCCUACACUGAAUUGCUGCUUUUAUAUGUUGGACGCCAUUUUGGUCUCUGGGAGUUGCUCUAUCUGAGCUUAAUGAGCACUAUAGCUUUUAAUAUAUUUGUAGAAGUGCUGCUAAUGUUCUUAGAUUAUUUGAAUUCCACACUGUGGUAUAAGAUCUGUUUUAUAUUAUUUUACCCAUGCUUUUGUUUUUUAUGUAAACUGUUCCUUAUUGUUGUUCAGAAAGAAAAAUUAAAGCUCUA